AUGGCGGGACUGCGCGGGGUGGGCGGCGGAGGCAGGUGUUGUGGGCCAGAUGCUCCAGGACAGCCACGUAGGUGUGCAGGGCGAGGUGGUGGCAGCGCAGGUCCAGCACUGGGUAGACCACCAGCUGGCCUGGCCCAUGGUGCUGUUCUUGACCAUCAGAAAAAGUCAGAGAACCAAAGCAUUUCUGAAUUCAUCCUCAUGGGAUUUUCCAUUGGCCAUCAAAUUGAGCUCCUGCUAGCCUUCCUUUUUUUAACCAUGUACAUUACAAGCUUGGGGGCCAACAUGGUCAUCCUCUGCAUUGUAUUGGUAGAUAACCACCUCCAUAACCCAAUGUACUUCUUUCUUGGCAAUUUCUCCAUACUGGACAUCUUCUUCACCACUGUCACCAGCCCGCAAUUGCUCUGGAACCUCUUCUCUGGUGACAAGUCUAUUUCUUUUGCUGGCUGCAUGACACAGUCUUAUUUCUAUUUCUUCUUAGGGACAGUACAGUUUCUUUUGUUUACCUCCAUGUCCUAUGACCGCUAUGCCGCCAUAUGCAGGCCAUUGCAAUAUCAUGCGAUCAUGAAUAGCCAGGUCUGCAUCCAGAUGGUUUUGGCUUGCUGGCUGGGUGGGUUCCUCUCAGUUCUUAUUCCCAUCAUUAUGAUCUCCAGGCUGUCCUACUGCAAGUCUAACAUCAUCAACCAUUUCUUUUGUGACAGUGGCCCUCUGCUGAAUCUGUCCUGCAGUGACACCCGAGUGAUAGAGUUGAUGGACUUUGUGCUGUCUUCUGUUGUUAUCCUCCGCUCUUUGGUCUUAACCUUAGUUUCUUACAUGUGUAUCAUCUCAGCAAUAGUCCGCAUCUCUACCCCUUCAGGUCAGGCAAAAGCCUUCAAUACUUGUGCUUCACAUCUGACCAUCAUCUCCAUCUCCUGUGGCAUCAGCAUCUUCAUCUAUGUCACACCAUCCCAAAAGGAGACUCUUGAAGUCCCUGCUCUACUCACCACAAUUGUCUGUCCUUUCCUGAACCCUUUCUUCUUCACCCUGCAAAAUGGCACCGUGAAACUGGUACUAAGAAACAUGAGGCAUGUUACGGAGCGGAUUGCUCAUAAAGGUUGUGGUGUGUUGGGAAAGAAUGGACGUACUAAGUGGGGAGACCAGGCAAAAGCAUAA